AUGGGGUUCUGGACCGUCGACCCGUGGGUCGUCCGGCGCCGGGGCAAGACGACGUACGUCGAGCGCCAGGAGACGCGAACGGGAAGCUCGCUGCGCCAGCCCUACAUGCGCGUCCUCGCUGCGCUCCUGCUCCUCGUGCUCAACGUCAUCGUGCACCAGACCAACCCGGUCGGCCUCUCGCAUGCGGCGGCCUACAUUCCGCUGUAUGGCACCGCGUUCAACUUCCUUUGCCGCUCGACGCUGCAAGACGAUACAAGCAGCACCAACGCGGCGCGCGUGAUUGCUGCCAUGGUCUCGCUCGUGCUCGGCGCCGUCUUGGCUCGACUUGCCGUCUUCCCAGCGCUCCAUGAGUCCUGGACUAUGUUUUCCGCCGGCCAUGCGAGCUUUCGGUCCGUCGAGACCAAGGCGGCGGACGGGACCCUCCAGCCUGCUACCUAUCGCAGUGUGUCGGGCACUGCGAACGAUGGCAAGGCUUUCCGCCACGAGGUGCACAUCGGGUCGUCGUCGCAGGGUUCGUGGGCGGUCAUGCUCGUCGUCACCCCGCUCGUCAUGGUCGUCGCUGCCUCCAUCUACAACUGCUUUGUGCCCUCGACGCUCGCUGUCACGGGCGUCGUCGACGUCUCGUACGUUGAGCUGUACCCCGCGGUCCGGGGCAUCUCGCUCGUCUUCAACGCGCUCGUUCUCUUUGCCGUGCUCGACACGAUGCUCCAAGACUCGACCCGCUGCGAUGCAGUGUAUGGCGGCUGGAUGCUCGCGCUGCGCACGCACGUGUGGCGCCACCACGCGUGCCGCAUCUUCUUCUUCUGGCUGUACAUUGUCGGCGCCAUCGUCUUUGCGGUGCUGGGCCUGCCUGCCUUCUCGACUUGGUGCCAAGCGCUCUUUGGCCGGUCGCCCGAUCACCUUUUGCACGACUCGUGGCGGGCGUUCCUUAGCGGUCUCGUGGUUGUUCUCCACCUUGUGGUGCUCGUACAAGACUGGGAUUUCCCGACGCUGGCGACCGUCCGCGGCAUUUACCUCCCGGGGCUAAAGACCGAGUGCCUAGCGCUGCGCGUGGGACGCCGCCGCGUCGUGCUCACGGGCAAGUGGCUCGUCGCCUCGCUCACGCUCUGGAUGCUACCGCUGGACAUGUGGGUCUUUGGCCAGCAGCUCAACUACGAGCCUGCGUCGUACGGCCAAGUGACGGACCCGUCGACGCACCGGAUCCUCUCCAUCACCAACGCAACGUGGCUUGCUGCGCGUGCAUGUGGUGCGCUCUGCUAUACGCUCCCCAUCAACGCCACGGGGCUCUCGACCGAGCCGACUGUCGGGCGCCACUUUGGCUGGCCCGUCUUUGACCAAAUGCCCGCCUUGUACAUCACGCUCAUCGCGCUCUUCCUCUUCUUUCGUCUCGCGUGGACGGAAGACAGCCGCUUCACGGUGGCCGUGCACAUGCAAGGGGUCAAAGCCACGACGUACAGCGCGCAGCUCCAGAGCUCGGCGCUCACGGCGGUCGCCAGCGAGGCGCUGCGUCAAUUAGCGUCCAUCAAACACCUCUACGCGCUUCGAAAGCACGUUGACGGCGUGUGCAUCACGCUCGCGAUGCUGGGACUGCUCCUCAUGCUCUUCCAGCUGCAUUCGAUCUGGGAAGUGGACGUUGUCUUUGGGCACAUCACGUACCCUCGCAAUGCGCUAUCGGCACCCGGCCAAACGUACAGUGUGGUCAUCUUGGUCUCGACGCUCGUGCUCGCGUCGCAGCUCGUGACGCGCACGCAGCUGACGCUGCAAAUCGCAAAGCUUCGGCACCAAGUGCCGGCGUGUGCGACCUUGUGGCGCCACCCAGCGACGCGGUUGACGCUCGUGGCCGAGCUGAUGGCGAAUUUGUGGAUCGUCCCGCCGUUCAUCACGGGCUUUGUCGUGCUCGACGAGUUUCAAUUCGACGCGUCGACGUGCACGCUACCGAUGCUCCGGCUCGACGGCGGGUGCUACUACCGCCUACGGUACCCCGUCGAGACGCUCGGGCUCGUCAUGCUCGUGCGGCUCUACUGGAUUGUGCGCCUUGUCCGGAACCACUCUGGGUUUUACGGCCAGCGCGUCGACUUCCUCGGGUCGCUCCACAACGUGAGCACCGACUCGCCGCUCUGGCACUUUCGCGCGAUCUUUCACCACCGUCCUGUGUUUGCGUUUGUGUUUUGCACGCUCGUGACGUGGCUCGCGACGGCCGCGGGCGUCUCGGUCAUGGAGCGUAGCAUCCCGUCGGCGCUCGACUCGGAUCUGACGUCCUCGUGGCUCAUUGUCGUGACGAUGGCGACCGUCGGGUACGGGGAUUACUACGCCCGCACGCGCGGCGGCCGCUUCCUCACGGUCCUCGGUGGCAUCAUUGGCGGCACCAUCGUCAUUUCAAUGCUCACGUCGCUCUUCAUGGGGUCGCUCCAAACCACGUUUGGCGAAGAGCGGGUCCUGUACGUUGUGCGCUACAAGCGCUGGCAGAAGUCGCGACUGGACGCCGCCGUGAACCUCAUCAAAGCCGCGUGGCGCCGGCACAAGCUCGAGAAAGCCAACAAGGCGACGCACUCGGCGGACCGCGCGCUCUUCAAGUACAUGCAAAAGGUGCGCGAACUCCGGCUCGGCGCGAUUACCGACGGCGACGAUGUUGUCGGCAAAGUGCGCGAGUGGAAGGGGGAGUCGGUGGUGCCGCUGCUUGUCGCGGCGCACGCCAAGCGCAGUGCCGUCCUCGACGACCUCGACGCCAAGGUGCAACGCGUGGGCAGCCUCGUGACGACCAUCGAGUCGCUCGUGCGCGCCAAGACGAACAAGAAUGUGGUGUCUUAG